UUGACGGCUCCUUUAACUAACCCAGAAGAGUUUAUAAACUUGCUUGGAGAAUAUACUCUGUGUACCUUUUGAAAACCCAAACAUGCGGUCAAAGCUGCUACCGACCAACCCCACACCCAACAGACACAGCCUGGAACACAAAGCACACAAAGAUCUCCUGUUUAAACAUAGAAUAACCUCCGUUCCCGUCUCGAAUCCGAUGCUGAAAAAUGGCCUUUUUGAACACAUCCCACGAAAGUACCGCGGUGAUCCUACGCAGUACGAAAGAUUGACUGGAGUUUCUUUAAUGUGAAACUCAAAGGAAGAAAUCAUAACCACAGCAAAUCCUGGCAAAGCUAGCAUACAUCGUUGCCUAUCUUGCUCCUCGCCCUUUUUUUCCCUCCUUUUUUUUUGCACCGUCAUAGACAUAAAGCAUACAUAACUAUAAUAAAUACUUCAACUACGUUUCCCAUAUCUUAAUCAAGUGUAAGUGCGCUACGUUAGUACAUAUACACGUGCGCCGUGCAGCGACGAUAGGAAUUAUUUAGGGAUUCUAAUUACUCUGUAUAUAAAAUCCGAUUUGAGUUUCAGGAAAGUCUUCAAUGCAGUAUCCACUGAAUUACGUCUCGCUAAUGUUAGGAUCAAGAGACCUAGGCAAAGGCCAGAAGACCAUUAAAGGGGUCGUUCCUUAUGCGACCUCGCAUAUCAAACUAUAAUGAACUACCGGACAUACAUAUCGACUGAAUUGUCCCAGUCUCCUCAGAGUGAGAUGGGAUUUUGGAAGGGGGGCGAUACGCGAAGAAUUGGUAAUGCAGGAUAUUUUGAGUAAAGGAUAGAAACCGAGGGCGCCGCAUCCUGGCGUGAAUUUAUCAUGAGCAGCUCGACACCAAUGUUGCCAUGACUGAGAAGUUUCCUGUCAUUGUCUCGUGAAUCUACCGCUGGUGGCUUCAUCACCACGUAUCGAGGUCACAGCCGUAUGUAUACACAAGACUGUAUCGGACAGACAAGUUGGCUUGCGCGCGGUCAUCCAUUGCAGAUAUACCUUCGAUGGGAAGAUAUGACUGGGUUAUGGUUUGCGUUUUGUACGCGAAAGUCAGCUAAUUAUGCUGGUGCAAGACGUGGAAGAUUAGAGACCUGGGAGUGCCCAAGCUCUUUCUCAUGGAAACAACGGCGGAUGGGACAUAUGCUGAUACUGCCAACGAAUAGGUUUCGAAUCCCGGCAGGCUCGGUCGCAAACAGUGAUAGGGAGGACUAACUUGAAUCCCUUCAAGCCGUCGAAGCAAGUUUAGAAGGGCAUAUUGCAAUGUGAGUUAAACUUGUGAGGAAUUAGAUAUGGAUCUGCAUUCUGCAUGCUUCCGGUGCCAGUAUCUUUCCCUAUCUUGCAACUUCGAAUGACAGCAAUAUGUGAAGCGGUUUGGGAUAGAGAAUAUUGAUGUGAUAUGAUUCAAAUGUGGUUCACGAUCAUUAAGAGAGAAGAGACGCUCGGUCCUCAAUAUGAGAUAUCCAAGUGUUUUCAUGUACAUACAUAGGUGGUCGCGUCGUUCAUAACCCAGCUUCAAAAUGACAGGUUUGGAUCGUCUGGUGAAUAACGCGAGCAUAACCAACUACCCAAGUGCUUGGAUAGCUAGCUAUCCAUCUAUAGUAUUUAGAAUAAAGAUGGAGGUUAGCAACAUGGGUGGGAAGCUUUCAACCAGUACAAGACGCUGUCAUUUUUUUGGUCGCGUGGCAGUCAAACUGGGGCUGCCCUGCUUCCCUGCAAAAAACACCUCAAAACGAAACCUUCCACAGACCCAAGCUAAGCUUGUACAAGCACACAACCGCCCACUCCUCCGUCCCACCCUCCCACGAACAGGUCUCCGGGUGCAGGCAGGAUUUGAACUCUAGCUCCUGUAAUAGUUUUAUCCCUUUGUCCCUGCAUUCGUAUUCCCCUUUUCAUCAUUCUUUACACAUAAUUGAACUUUGCUCAAAAUCUUGCAAUCCACACCCAUAGUCACCAAUUUCCUCCGCCAGAGCAAUUUUUGUCCUUUGAGCCAACCACUCCAACCGACCUAUCACGAAGUCUGGCAAAUGACUGGCGAAAAUAACUAGCUAUCAAUACAAAAUGUCCGCCACGCAGCCUACUGGUUCCGUAAAGCGGAAAGUUCCUAAGCUUGAUGUUGCCCAGAUAUCCCUCAACCUCCAGGAUCGUCUAGGCCUGGCAAAGGUCCGCUACGAACGAACUCGUUGCCGCCGUGUCGAGCCGCUACAACAAAUCCAACAGGGUGGGAGAAGAGGUCCUAGUGAUGGUGAAGUUAUAUCAGAUUCUUCUUCAGAAAUGUGUGAUAGCCGCUACGAAACCCCUUUUACCUCGUCCCCUCUUCCAACGCCAAUGCUUCCAAACGAGCUCCCCAGGUCGUCACGGAGCAAACAUGCGGCAAUUUUCUUCCCCAGUUCCAUUGACACCAUCGGCCGUUCACGCAAGCGUGGCCUUUCCAGCCCUACAACAGAGCAACCUUCCAAGGCGACACGAAUCUCGUGGAACGCCGAGAAUGGGCUUCCGCAAUCGUCUCCCGUCUUCAAUCGCCCACAUCCUACAUAUCAUGACGAUCCCAGUUCAUUUGUUUCGGAGUCGGACACGAUCCCUGACGGGAAACACUCACCUGUUUAUCACGAAGCCAAGGAACCCGAACUUCCAACUGUCAAAGUACAUAAUAUUACUUCGUCAAGGAUCAGCUCCUCACCACCUCGCACUCCACCUCCGAACCGAAAUCACACUGCACGGAAUAACAGAGAGGCUGAAAAUGGGGAAGAUGGUGCAGAUCUUUUGUUGUUCCUUGCCAAUUCCCCUACUCCAGCAACUUUUCGAGGAAGAGCCAGCCCACAGGAUUUCCCCCCUUCAACCCCCCCAAGCCAACAAGCUGUCCUCCCUUCAUUGACCACCACACCUGGCGGAGGCGUUACCGCCAAUUUUGGAACCCCAACCCAGCAGUUCAAUUUCGCAGACUUCGUAAACGUUACCCCAAGCCCAGCACAGUUACCAUGGGGAGGACGAACGCCAGGCACCUUGUCGAGGACCCCACGUCCUCCAAAGGAAUUGAGAAAACGCCUUAAUUUCGAUUCUCUCGCUCCUCCAUUGGCCGGAAGCCCUUCGACAACACGUGAGAAAAGAGGAGCGUUGUCUUUACAGCUAGGAGAGGAGCUACGACCGUGAUAAAACUACUGUACAUCCAUUUUUUUUCAGAUUCACCUGGCAAGAACAUAGCACUUAACAAUACUUGCAUAAGGCACAUACGACACCGACAAUAAACUUUUUCUAGGUUCAACGAUACGGCAUAUCGAUUUUCUCUUCUAUCCGCCGGUCAUUUGUCCCCUUUCCCAAGACCAAUUCCCACACUGGCCCCGGCCUUUUCAUAAAUUCUUUCUUCCUCGACCUACGUUUUUUGCUUUCUCCGUUCUCUUUUAUUGUCUCGAAUGUACACGACUAAAAUUUCUCUUAUGUCAACUUCCUUUGUCAUUUCGCUUCCAUAUUUCAACGGAUAUUUGUACACCAAACGAUCACAUAUGACUUGCUCAGCUUUCUGAUAUUUGCCCUUUUCCAACGAGUUAUGGAUAGCGACAACCAAACGAGCUUUUUCCCUUCCCCUUCCCCCCUUUGCCCAUCAAUUACAGGAAGAAAUGUACGAUUUCACCACGCAAAUUAUGCAACUUUUGCUUAUUUUUCCUUAUUUUUUCCCCUUUUUGCUCCAACGCUGAAAGUUGAUGUUCCUUGCUUUGUCAUGUAUAUGCCCGCAAGCUCUUUUCUACUUGCCUGUUUGCAUUUCUUUACUCGACCCAACUACACGUCCGUCUAAUACUAAUGCACGUGAGUCCCAUUCGAAUGGGUACUUUGGACCCACUUAAGAAAGGACAUCAUGAAAAUAAUAUGAAAAGGAUUGGCAGACAAUAUUAGCCACCAACAUUCUCAUCUAUUUAUCUAUCCUGCCUAUUUUGGUGAAUGAUCAUGAAAUACUGAGUAGAGAAUUGACAUUUGUUAUCGUAUGAGCCAUGACAAUCGAACAAAAAUUAUACAAAAUCGCGAAAAGACGCGUGUGACGCGCUGCUUGGAUUUUUGGCCUCGUACCUACCACUUUAGGAAAUGAAGAACAAGACUAGUAUAGCUUUGUGUUAGCGGAUUAGGGUGUAGCGUGAUGAUUGGCUACAUGUUUUCUUUUCAUUGACUCGCAAUUUUUGGCUCUAUUUUUAGAUUUAAAGUUAUCUCCUCGUCUGGCCGUGAGACCAACGAUUAACGUGGGCUGUUAGCGUGUACAUUAGUGUAUUAAAUACGCGUAAACUGGCUAAUCUAAGAGAUUGCCUGUAUUGAGGUGUUUUG